GAAGGGAAGAUUUUAUGGUUUGGUUCCAUACAGGAAAAAUGACUGUAAUUUCUUUCAACAAUACAGUUCGCGAGAGAAGAACUUUUGUCGUGAAUAAAUGGAAACAUUUCUGUUGGUCAGGAAGAAAUGGUGGAAAAUGGACACUAUAUAUCGAUGGAAAUGUGUUUCGUCAGGGCACAAAACCUCGCACUCGUAAACAUCUGACUUCAGUAGGGACAUUGUAUCUUGGUCAAGAUCAUGAUAAUCAUAAAGUAGAUGAUCCUGGUCAGAUGUUUGAAGGGAAGAUAACUGAGCUGUUUAUUUAUAAUGGAGAGUUAAGCAAACAAGACGUUCUUGAUUCAUACAAUCACAAACCUCGCUUAAAUGAUGUUAUUGUUGGAUGGUGGCAAUUUAAGAACAAAACAUCUGGGAAGCAGAUCGUUGAAGAACAUUCACCAUUUUUUAAAGAAGAUGUUACUACAGACUUGUGCAAAUCAAUUAAUUGUUCCGCUAACGCCGAAUGCCAAAAGCACAAAUCUGGAGAAGCAAUAUGUAACUGCAAAGAAGGAUUUGUAGGCAAUGGCAAUGAUACUUGCAAAGAUAUAGGAUUUGCAAUAAAUUUUAAGCAGCGUACAAUCCGAAAUAUUCCGACAUUGCAUAACGUUACUUUCCCUGAAACUGACUCGGCUUCUGUAUGUUUCUGGUAUAAACUGCGACGUUCACCAGGAUGGGGAUACAAAGGCGUUGUAUCCUACACCAUUAAAGGAAGGGAAGAUUUUAUGGUUUGGUUCCAUACAGGAAAAAUGACUGUAAUUUCUUUCAACAACACAGUUCGCGAGAGAAGAAAUUUUGUCGUGAAUAAAUGGAAACAUUUCUGUUGGUCAGGAAGAAAUGGUGGGAAAUGGACACUAUAUAUCGAUGGAAAAGUGUUUAGUCAGGGCACAAAACGUCGCACUCGCAAACAUCUAACUUCAGUAGGGACAUUGUAUCUUGGUCAAGAUCAUGAUGAUCAUAAAGUAGAUGAUCCUGGUCAGAUGUUUGAAGGGAAGAUAACUGAGCUGUUUAUUUAUAAUGGAGAGUUAAGCAAACAAGACGUUCUUGAUUCAUACAAUCACAAACCUCGCUUAAAUGAUGUUAUUGUUGGAUGGUGGCAAUUUAAGAACAAAACAUCUGGAAAGCAGAUCGUUGAGGAAAAAUCGCCAUUUUUUUAGUGUAAUCACAAAUAAUCAGAAAUCACUGUAAAGUGAAAAUGUAGGUAACCUUAAAUUCUGUGACUCGUGUGAAAAGAUACUAGUUAUAUUUUCAUACGUAUAUAAGAGCUCAUUUCUAAAACUAUACUAUGCAUCUUGACUGCUUAAAUAAGCACUUUCGUCACUAAUAGAAAACUAACUCAUGGAAGAAAGGAGUAAGUAGGUUUAAAACUUAAGAAUCUAAAAAAUACAUUCACACUUUGACAUGACACUUUUAUAUGACAAGACCCCUAUUUUUAAAAAAAACUGUAUAUACGCUUUUUUGUUUUGUACUACGUAGACCUUUGUCUUAUUAUGGACUCUUCUUUAACAAGGUUCCUUUUUAUUAUCUUUUUGCUUUUAUUUGUUCAUUUACGAUACUUUAAAAUAGUUUAGGUUUCAAUAUUUAGUCUGUACAAAUUUAUAAUAAAACAUCUUUUUUUCA